CAGUGCAACUACAACUAGCGCUCGAUCUGUAGGUUGUUCCGUUUUCUCUUCAUCACAAUAAUAAUUAUUAUUUGUCGAGUGUCCUCCGCUUCUCCCACCAAAGUCAAGAUGAUGAAGGUCGCUAUCUUCUUGGCGCUAGUCGCUAUGGUGUCUGGCCGUGCGCUAGAUGACUGUGCAACCUGCAAGUUGGUGGUCAGCACCAUUGACACGCAGCUGAAGAGCAACACCACCAUCAAGGAGAUCGAGGACACGGUGAACAAGAUCUGCGACGCCAUCCCAGGCAUCUCGGAUGAGUGCAAGCAGUACGUUGGCCAAUACGUCCCAGAGAUUGUCAACAUGAUCGCCGCCAAGAUCACCCCACAGCAAAUCUGCGAUGAACUGCACCUGUGUAACAACAGCUUCAUGCAGCAGCUGAGCGGUGGUCUGCUCAAUCUGCCAAUGGGACCCGGUCCCGUCAUCCUGUCGCCGCAAGAAGAUGUCCCUCUGAUGGUCGAGGACGAGCAACAGCACCAGCCCAUCGCCGCGGAGAAGCCAGCCGCCGGCGAGUUCUGUACAAUCUGCGAGUUUGCCAUCAGCAAGGUGGAGCAAGAGCUGCAGGCCAACGCUACGGAGGCCGAGAUUAUCGCCACCGUGGAGAAAAUCUGUGACAUUCUGCCCGCCACGGUCAAGGACCAGUGCAAGACACUGAUAGAAAGCGAGGGCCCGCAGAUCAUCAACCUGCUCAUCUCCAAGGCCAACCCGGAGACGAUCUGCACUGCCAUCGGCCUGUGCACCAACGCCUCGCUCGUCGUGCCCGUCGUCGAGUCCGUCGCUCCCGUCAAUGCUCCUGAGGCAGGACCCCUGUGCACGAUCUGCGAGUUUGUCAUCUCGAAGGUGGAAGCGGAGCUUGGUAACAACUCUACCGAGGCUCAGAUCAUUGCCGCCAUUGAGAAAGUCUGCUCCAUCCUGCCCAAGACCGUAGCGAGCGAGUGCAAGCAGCUCAUCGAUCAGCUCGGCCCAGAAAUCAUCAACCUGCUGAUCAACAAGGCCGCGCCCGAGGUGAUCUGCACGGCCAUCCACGCCUGCACGGGCAGCAAGCUGCCGCGCGUCCAGCAGGGCGUCAGUGACAAGCCCUACUGCCAGGUGUGCGAGCAGGUCAUGACCUACGUGCAGAGCCUGCUGAAGCAGAACUCUACCGUCGAGGAGGUCGAGCAGCUGAUCGACAACAUCUGCGACUACCUGCCCGGAUCUUACCAGAACCAGUGUAAGGACCUGGUCGACCAGUACGCACCACAGAUCAUCGCUCAGCUAGCUGAAAAGGUCAACCCGGACCAGAUCUGUGCUGAGAUCCAGCUGUGCACCGACCUGCCCCAGGAAGUCAUGCCCGUCAGGCAGGUCGUAUAGGUGUGUCGGCGGCGACUGAAUGACAGCGGCGGCACGGUAUAUGCCCCCACCUCCUUGCCUGUUGAACAUCUGAAGGCACUGCUGCCGUGAUUGUUCCGUACUUGCCUGAAUCCACACAUGCUAUAACACCGUUCGUUCCAUCUCUGCGAGCUACACGCCAUGAUGUAUUGUGCUAGUCUAUCCCCGAUUGAAGUUGAUGGUGCAUAGUAUACACUGAGGAAAUGUGUUGCGUUUAUGGUACCUAACAGGCAUCACCGGGCAAGAUUUCUCUCUUUCGUUUCUGUCACUCUCCUUUUCUCUGGCCCAGGCCAGCCUGCUCAUUUUGUCACAGUAUUGCAGCUGGAAGAUUUUUCAGAAUUGUUACCCCUCGUUGCCGUUGCAUGUUUCAGGUGUGUGCUGUAUCUUUUUAAAAUUA